AAUGAUGGCUGCUUUAGUACUUCAGGUGGAAUUCAUCCUUUUCAACUUCAAAACUGGAAGCAGAAAGUUAGUCGAACAAAGAAAGCGGAAUUCAUACGCACAGCAGAAAAAUUUAAAAAUCAAGUUAUUACGAUGGAAAAAGAUAAGCACAGUCAUUUCUACAACCAAAAAAAUGACUUCAGAAUUGAGCAUAGUAUGCUGGAAGAAUUGGAAAAUAAAUUGAUUAACAGCAGGAAAAUGGAAAGAGCAAAAAUCCAGCAACAGUUAGCCAAAAUACAUAACAAUGUAAAGAAACUUCAGCAUCAGUUAAAAGAUGUGAAGCCUACACCUGAUUUUGUUGAAAAGCUCAGAGAAAUGAUGGAAGAAAUUGAAAAUGCGAUUAACACUUUUAAAGAAGAGCAAAGAUUGAUAUACGAUGAGCUUAUUAAAGAAGAGAAAACAACAAAUAAUGAAUUGAGUGCCAUAUCAAGAAAAAUUGACACAUGGGCUUUGGGUAAUUCAGAAACAGAGAAAGCUUUCAGAGCAAUCUCAAGCAAAGUUCCUGUAGACAAAAUGACACCAAAUACUCUUCCAGAAGCAGUGAUAGAUUUUGAAAAAUUCCUUCAGCAAACAGGAGGGCGACAGGGGGGCUGGGAUAAUUAUGACCACCAGAACUUUGUAAAGGUGAGAAACAAACAUAAAGGGAAGCCUGCAUUUAUGAGAGAAGUUCUAGAGCACCUUCCAGGAAGAACGCAGGAUGAAGUUCAACAGCAUGAGAAGUGGUAUCAAAAAUUUCUGGCUCUAGAAGAACGAAAAAAAGAGUCUAUUCAGGAUUGGAAAACUAAAAAGCAGCAAAAGAAGCAGGAAAUUUUCAAGUUAAAAGAGAAGACAGACAACGUUCCUGUGCUUUUUCAUAAUAAACCAGAAGGUAAUCAAAAGCAAAAAGAAGAAGAAAGAAAGAAACAGAAGUUGGCAGUUGAAGCUUGGAAAAAACAGAAACGUAUAGAACUAUCGAUGAAAUAUGCUUCUAAGUUAAAAGAAGAAGAAGAGAAAGAGAAAAAGCAGCAGAAAGAACGCCAACGCCAGCUUAAACUAAAAUUACUACUAGAAAGUUACACCCAGCAGAAGAAAGAACAGGAAGAAUUUCUAAGGCUUGAAAAGGAGAUAAGGGAAAAGGCAGAAAAGGCAGAGAAAAGGAAAACUGUUGCUGAUGAAAUUACCAGGUUUCAAGAAAGAGAUUUAUAUAAACUUGAAUUGAAAGUUCUAGAUAGACAGGCAAAAGAAGAAGAAAAGGCAGAAAAGCAAAGAAGAUUGGCAAAAUUAAAGGAAAAGGUUGAAAAUAAUGUUAGUAGAGAUCCCUCUAGGCUUUACAAACCUACCAAAGGUUGGGAAGAACGGACCAAAAGCAUAGCACCAACAAGCUCUAGGCCACUUCUACACAUCCCACACAGGGCUAUUCCAACCUGGAGACAAGGAAUUUAGA